AUGCUCCAAUCACAGGCUUUAGACUUGUCGCUUGCUCUAGAGCAUUUAAACGCUACCAAAUCUUUCCUAUGCGAUUAUCGCUGUGAUGAAGAAUUUGCCGCAAUGGUUGAAAAUGCAAAAAAAUUGGCAGUUGAACUAGAAAUUUUUGAAGGAUUUGAUGUGGAUGAUCCCGUACGCGUACGCAGAAAGAGUAAACAAUUCCUAUACGAAGGUCGUGAUGAACCGAUAGUAUCACCAGAACAAAACUUCAGAGUAUCUUUUUUCAAUCGAAUAUUGGACAUCGCAAUUCAAGCAAUAAAUGAAAGAUUUACGCAAUUAUCGGAAUAUAACGAGUUAUUUGGGUUUCUUUACAAUAUCGGCAGCAAACCCUUAACGGAUGAUGAGUUAUUGAAACACUGUAAGGACUUGCAUUUAGCGCUUAUGUCUGAUGGCCAAUCUGAUAUCAACGGGGUCGAACUUUGGUAUGAAAUUAAAGCUAUUGGGAGACGACUUGAUACUUCCAAUAGCGAUCCAAAAAGUGUAUUAAAAUGUAUUUACACAACUAAUGUUGUCGAAGUAUUCCCAAACCUUUCGAUAGCUCUUCGCAUACUACUAACGUUACCAGUCACAGUUGCCAGUGCUGAAAGAAGCUUUUCAAAGCUGAAAAUAAUAAAAUCCUAUUUGAGAUCACAAAUGUGUCAAGAUCGUUUAGUUAGUCUAGCUACGAUUUCCAUCGAGAAAGAAAUUGCUGAUCAUUUAGACAUAGAAGAUUUGGUUAAAGAUUUCGCAGAAUUAAAAGCUAGGAAAAUUCACUUUUAA